AUGAAGCAAUUACACUCUAUCUUCUCUCUCAAAGACCUUGGUGAGAUGAGCUAUUUUUUGGGCAUUGAAGUGGUGAGAGACCAUGAUGCUGAAAUUCACCUUUCACAAACCAAAUAUGUCACAAACCUUCUCCACAAGGUUGGAAUGCCCAAUGCAAAACCGAUGCCUACUCCCAUGACCUCUGGUUUAAAACUCUUAGCCCAUGGAGGGGAACCCUUCUCUAAGUCGGCUCUAUAUCGGUCUCUUGUUGGAGGGCUCCAAUAUGCUACAAUCACACGUCCUGAUAUUUUCUACGCCGUCAACAAGGUCUCUCAAUUGAUGCAUUGUCCUCUUGAAACCCAUUGGAAGGCCGUAAAGCGAAUUUUACGCUAUCUUGCUGGGACAGUCCACCAUGGUCUUCGCUUUCAAAAAUCGAAAGAUUGUAGGCUCUAUGGUUUUUGUGACUCGGACUGGGGAAGUGAUGUGGAUGACAGAAAAUCAACCAGUGGAUUUUGUGUGUACUUAGGACCAAAUCUUGUCUCUUGGUCCAGCCAAAAGCAACCAGUAGUUUUCAAGAGUUCAACGAAAGCAGAGUACCGAAGUCUUGCUGCAGGGCUCACAGAAAUCAUAUAG